UCCUCCCUCUUGCUUUUCCAAGGCCAGAGAUCCUAUUACAGCCACCUUUAUCGGGCCACUGGCGAUCUCCCCAGAGCAAAUAAGAUGUGCUUGGCAAGAUCCUGUCAGACUUGCUGGCCCGUGCUAAUGGCUCUUUAUCAGCUCAUCUCCUCCCAGCUCUCCCAUUACCUCACCAGAGCCAAGGUCGGUGCCCGGUCACUGCCGCGGGAGCCUUGCUGAGCACGGCCCUUCCCUUCCUCUGGGCUUCCCCUGCACAGUGUCUGGCCACCGAGCUGCACAUCCACCCUGCCCUGAGCCCUGGCAUCCCUCGCCCAGGGGAUGAGCAGCACUGGGACACGCUGAGUGCUGCCGGGCCCUGGGGGCUGCGUUACCUUCCUGCCUCCCUGCUCCGCGGCAUGCAGCCAGAGCACGGCCUUGGUGCAAGCACGCGGGUCCUCUUCCUUCCUUCAGCCUUGGCUAAUAAAAGGCACCAUGUGACAGUGAGCACUUUGUUGGGCUCCAGCAUUCUCGGGGAUCCCAGGCAGCGCCGGCGGGCACGGGGUAGGGCCCGUGGCUGCCCAUGGAUGUCCUGGUCCUCGCUCUCCUCCUGGCGGGGGUGCCAGCAGCAGGGGGCUGGGAGGAGCCAGAUCCAUCCCAGGGCUGUGCCCGUGGCAGCUGCUACCCGGCCACCGGCAACCUGCUGGUGGGGAGAGCUCGGCAGCUCAGCGCCUCGUCCACCUGCGGGCUGCAGGGGCCCCAGGAGUACUGCAUCGUCAGCCAUCUCCAGGACUCUGAGAAAUGCUUCACCUGUGACUCACGAAACCCGGCCCUGCGUGAGAGCCACCGCAUUGAGAACGUCAUCUACCUGCACGGCCCCCACAGCGAGAGGAGCUGGUGGCAGUCGGAGAAUGGCGUGGAGCACGUCAGCAUCCAGCUGGACCUGGAAGGCGAGUUCCACUUCACACACCUCAUCAUGAAGUUCAAGACCUUCCGCCCCGCAGCCAUGCUGGUGGAGCGCUCGGCCGACUUUGGCCGCAGCUGGAAGACGUACCACUACUUCGCCUACAACUGCUCCAAGCUCUUCCCCAGCAUCCCCACACAUCCCUCGGGGCACAUAGGCGAGGUGCUGUGUGAGCAGCGCUACUCUGAGAUCGAGCCCUCCAGCCACGGCGAGGUCAUCUUCAAGGUGCUGGAUCCCUCCAUCCCAGUGGUGGACCCGUACAGUCCCAGCAUCCAGGAGCUGCUGCGUGUCACCAACCUGCGUGUGAACCUCACCAAGCUGCACACGCUGGGGGACAACCUGCUCGACUCACGGCAGGAAGUGCUGCACAAAUACUACUAUGCUGUGGAUGAGCUGGUGAUGCGUGGGAGCUGCUUCUGCCACGGCCACGCUGCUGAGUGUGCCACUGCACCUGGUGCUCCGCCAUCUGUCCCUGGCAUGAUCCACGGGCGCUGUGUCUGCAAGCACCACACGCAGGGGCUGAACUGUGAGCGCUGCGAGGACUUCUACCACGAGCUGCCCUGGCGCCCGGCUGAGGGCUCCAGCACCAACGCCUGCCGCCGGUGCGACUGCAACGAGCACUCACGGCGCUGCCACUUCGACAUGGCCGUGUUCCUGGCCACCGGGAACACCAGCGGGGCCGUGUGCGAUGGCUGCCAGCACAACACCAUGGGGCGCCGCUGCCAUCUCUGCAAGCCCUUCUACUACCGGCACCCGCGCUCCGAUAUCCGCGCUCCCACUGCCUGCAUCCCGUGUGACUGCGACCCUGCGGGAUCGCUGGAUGGCGGUGCCUGCGAUGCACACACGGACGUGGCGCUGGGCAUGAUCGCGGGGCAGUGCCGCUGCAAGGAGAACGUGGCCGGGCCACGCUGCGACCGCUGCCGGCACGGAGCCUACGGCCUCAGCCAGGGAGACCCUCAGGGCUGCCAGCCGUGCCGGUGUGACCCACGGGGCACGGUGGCGGGCAGCUCCCCCUGUGACCCCAUCAGCGGGGACUGCUACUGCAAGCGCUUCGUGGCCGGGCGCUCCUGCAGCCAGUGCGUGCCUGAAUUCUGGGGCCUGAGCUAUGAUGUAGGGGGCUGCCGGCCCUGCUCCUGUGACUUCGGGGGAGCUUACAGCAACCGGUGCUCCAUGGAGGACGGGGCCUGUCCCUGCCGCCCCCACCUCAUGGGCCGGCAGUGUGACCAGGUGCAGCCCGGCUUCUUCUGCGCACCCCUUGACCACUACACCUACGAGGCUGAGCAAGCCGUGGGCCGCGGGCCCAGCCAUCCCCAGCUCCCAGGCGCCGUGCGGGCAGAGGUGCCCCAGGACUGCCCCCAGCACCGCAGUGGGGACCCAGCGGGGCGGAAAGCACGUGCUCGGCCCCAGCGCAGCCCUCCCCGCUCCCCCCAGCCCCGCGCAGCCCCACGCCACAGCCUCCAGCAGCCCCCCAAGCCCGACGUGGAGCCGGUGCUGCGAGAUGGGGACGGGCGCAUGGUGACGUGGACUGGACUGGGGUUUGCCCGUGUGCGGGAUGGAGCCGGGCUGACAUUCCAUGUAGACAACGUGCCCUACCCCAUGGAGUACGAGCUGCUGCUGCGUUAUGAGCCUGAGUCAGCCGAGGACUGGGAGGCUGUGGUGAGCAUCAGCUCCCGGGCGCUGCCCACCGGACCACGCUGUGGGAACCUGCUGCCCUCAGAGCAGAUGUACCACGAAGGCCUGCCCCACAGCCAGAGGUAUGUGCUGCUGUCCCAGCCCUUCUGCUUCGAGCCCAGUACCCCAUACGAAGUAACUGUGCGGCUGCAGAGAGCCAGCGUCACCCAGCGCCACCCCAGUGCCUUCAUCCUCAUCGACUCACUGGUGCUGCUGCCACGUGUGCCAGAGCUGCCGGGCUUCCACGGGGCAGCAGUGGAAGCGGUGCAGCGGCUGGAGGAGCUGGAGCGCUACCGAUGCCUGGAGGCUUUCCAUAUGGCCCCACCGCACACCCUGGCUGAAGCCUGCGCCCGCCUCGUCUGCAGCGUCUCAGCCGUGCUGCACGAUGGAGCUCUGCCCUGCCAGUGUGACCCACAAGGCUCCCGCAGCAGCGUGUGCCAGGUGCUGUCAGGGCAGUGUGAGUGCAAGCCCCACGUCCUCGGCCGACGCUGUGACCGCUGCGCACCCGGCAGCUACGGCUUUGGACCCCUGGGGUGCAGCCCCUGCGCCUGCUCCCCGGAGGGCUCUGUGUCGCAGCUGUGUGAUGCGGGCAGUGGGCAGUGCCGCUGCCAGCCGGGCGUUAUGGGCCGGCAGUGCGACCGCUGCCAGCCAGGACACUGGGGCUUCCCCAGCUGCCGGCCCUGCCAGUGCAACGGGCACGCCGAGGAGUGCGACCUGCGGACGGGCAGCUGCCUGCGCUGCCGAGACCACACCACCGGCCGGCACUGCGAGAGAUGCCAAGAUGGUUAUUAUGGAGACCCGGUGCUGGGCUCAGGGCAGCAGUGCCGCCCUUGUCCCUGCCCUGGCUACCCUGGCACACGGCACUACCACGGGAGCGCCUGCCAUGCCGACGAGGAGACCCACCACAUCGUGUGCCUCUGCGCGCCCGGAUACACCGGGCCCCGCUGCGACCGCUGCUCCCCGGGCUACUUUGGGACGCCGGAGAUGGAGGGAGGAGUGUGCCGGCCCUGCCAGUGCAACAACAACAUCGACACCAGCGACCCGGGGGCCUGUGACCCGCACACAGGGCACUGCCGCCGCUGCCUGUACCACACUGCCGGGCCCCGCUGCGCCCAGUGCCAGCCCGGCUAUUUCGGCAAUGCCCUGCAGCGCAGCUGUCGCCGCUGCAGCUGUGACCCGCGGGGAACGCUGUCUGCCCACUGCACCGCUGGCACCUGCAGCUGUGACCGCGCUACGGGAGCCUGUGCCUGCAGAGCCAAUGUGGUGGGCAGGAGCUGCGACCGCUGUGCACCCAACUUCUGGAACCUGGGGGGGACGGAGGGCUGCCAGCCUUGUGGAUGCCAUGCCAUGCAUGCCACGCACCCCGCUUGCGACGAGGUCACAGGGCAGUGCCACUGCCACCUCGGCUUUGGUGGCCGUGUCUGUUCCCAGUGCCAGGAGAAUCACUGGGGAGACCCCGAGCUGCAGUGCCGAGCCUGCGAAUGUGAGCCACUGGGUGCUGAGAGCCCUCAGUGCGACCGAGCCAGUGGGCAGUGCCAGUGCCGGCCAGGCUUUGGGGGGCUGCGCUGCGACCGCUGCCAGCGGGGCUACCAGGCCGCCUUCCCUCGCUGCUCUCCAUGCCACCCCUGCUUUGGGCACUGGGAUGCAGUGCUGGGCAGCCUGCAGGAUGGGCUGCAGCACCUUGGGGCACGGGUACGGGCACUGCAUGAGGGAGGGUCUGCAGCCCCGCUCAGCCCCCGCCUGCGAGCACUGGAGGAGGCCCUGAAGCAUGCAGAGCGGCUGCUGGGUGAGGGGAGCAGCCCUAGUAGCCCCCUCCUGCAGGAGCUGGCCGGGCAGCUGGAUGGCAGCAGGACGGAGCUGGACAACUUCUGGAAGAGGCUUCAAGAGCUGGAGCAACACGUGGAUCAGCUGGAGCAGGCUGAUGUGCUGCACCACAGCCGGCUGGCCAGGCUGAGCCAUGAGUUGGGUGGGCUCAACCAAACCACCUCCCACCUGCAAGCUGUCCUUGGCACCGUGACAACAGCAGGAUUCAGGGAGUCAUACCAGAGCAUCGUGGUGGCAGCACGGGACUCACGGCAGGCAGAGGUGGUGGCCAAUGGCACGGCAGGUGAGCUGAAUGCAGCACGGGCCACGCAGUGGGCAGCUGAGCAGGCCCUGCAGCAGCGGGGUGAUGCGUUCCGCCGGAGCAUGGCUGCACAGCGGAAAUCCCUGCGGGAGACACAGAAACGGGCGUCAGGGCUCAGCGUGACUGGGAUCAAUGAGAAGAUUUGCGGGGCUCCUGGAGACCGGAGCUGUGCAGAAUCACUGUGUGGAGGAGCUCUGUGCCGGGACAGCGUGGGGAUGAGGCACUGCGGGGGUGUGGGGUGCACAGGGGCCCUGCCCGUGUCAGCUCAAGCCCUGAGCAGUGCCCGCAAUGCCUCACAGCAGCUGGAGGUGGCCCUGGGACAGCUGAGUGCUGUGACACAGAAGAUGCAGGAGGUUCAGGACCUGGCACGGGGUGCCCGCAGCCGUGCAGAGGAGGCGUUGGAACGCUCACAGGCUGCCCGCAGCCGCACAGAGAAAGCGACAGCACAGUUGCGGGACUUCAUCCGCCGCAUCAAAGCCUUCCUGUCGGAGGAGGGUGCAGAUCCAGGCAGCAUCGAGCUGGUGGCGCGGCAGGUGCUGAACAUCUCCCUGCCCAGCAGCCCUGCACACAUCCAGGAGCUGCUGCAGGAGAUGCAGGAGAGCAUCAGCCAGCUGGAUGGGGUGGACGCGGUGCUCAACGGCACGGCACAGGGGCUGGAGGCUGCACAGGGGCUGCUGGCACAGGGACAGGAUGCCAGGGAGCGAGCAGAGGGCGUGAGGGACGAGCUGGCGGAGACGCAGCUCGCACUGCAGGUGGCACAGGCACAGGUGAUGGCAGCUGGGAGCACCCUGCGGAGAGCCAAGGAUGGCAUCCGGGCUGCUGAGGGCAAAGUCAGGGAGGCGGAGCGCAGGCUGCAGGCGCUGCAGGGGAAGGAAUCACGGCUGCAGCGGCGGCUGCGGGAGCUGGCACAGCGCGUCACCGCCCUGCAGCAGCGCGGACGGGACGCCCGGCGCCUGGCACAGGAUGCCAAGGAUGGGGCGCAGCGUGCCACCGCCGCCUCGAGGACGCUCAGCCAGGACCUGGCGCAGGUGACUCGGCGCUACGUGGUGCUCAAGGACCGGGUGAGCGGGAUGGCAGGGAUGGCCGGCGGGGCCCUGCAGCGCGUGACGCGGCUGACGGCCGAGGCCAGGGACCUGCUGGAUAAAGCCAACAGCAGCAAGAAGCGGCUGGAAGAGCUGGAGCAGCACUUCGGGGCCAACGAGCAGGCGAUGGCGGCCAAGGCGACGCGGCUGCAGGCGCUGGAGCGGCAGGUGUCGGGGCUGCUGCAGGAGAUCCGCGAGCGGGCCAACGCGUACGCCACCUGCUAGGAGUCCGACCCGCUCGGGACGCGGCCCCGCGCGGCGAGGAAGAAACCCGCGGGGUGUCUGUAGCGCCUGCAAAUAAAGCGCUGAGCAGCGGC